UUCAAAGUCCGCUGAUAGCUUUGACAGGUUUUUCACCAUUCAACUGCUGCCCACGAUCGCCAAUUCCAGUCGUGAGCCGGCGCUGGCGUCGCGGUCUUACGUCAGUUCCAGAAAUGUCAUUCAAUGGUGGAGUGAAGUGCAGCAACUGUGUGAAAUUUUGCUAAAAAGCAGCAUUUUUCUGGUCCGUGUUGGUUGGUGGCAAAAUGGAUAAGAACUUCGAUGGAGAUUCCGUGCACAAUGUCCAGGCCAAGCAGAAGGCAUCGGUGAAGUGGCUGCUGUCGAAGGCGUACAACAAUCAAGUUCCGGCCCAUCUGAAGGAGCCCUUCUAUCGUGAUAUCUCCGGCAUUGAGCAGCUGAAGCCACAGAUUGUCAUUGGACUGGGCAAUGCGUCGCUCUACUGUCAGACACUGUCGAAUCUGUACUCCGAUCCAAACUAUCAGAACCUCAAUCAUGGCACAAUUCUGCAGAUUCUCAUCAGGAAGUGUGUCCUGCUGCCCGAGAACGCUGACACGCCGCUCACGGAGACAAUCCUCAUUCAGACGAAUCCACUCAAGACGAAAGCGCACAUGGUGUUGAUUGAGUCGCUGAUGGCGCUGUACAUCAAGGAGGUGGGGACGUUUGAGAGGAUCUCCAGCGCUGUGGGGCGCAUCGCGGGGCGCGCGCUGGCGCUCGAGGGUCAGCCAGGACAUCAGGAUCCGCUGCUGGCGUGGGUGGCGCACGUGUGCGUGGCGCUGAAGCAGCGCAUCGACGCCGAGAGUGGUGGUCAGAGGGUGCAAGAGCUGGAGCAGUGGUUCGACAAGGUGUUGAGCCUCACGGACUACAACGAUCUGUCGGAUGGCGUGUGUCUGGCCUUCCUCAUCUCCUACUACAGCCCAAAGCUGGUGCCGUGGCACGCGGUGCGCGUGAAUUACAUCCCAACCGUGGAGGAUUGCAUCUACAACAUGCACAUCGUGAGCAGCUUCUGUCAGCAGCAUCUGCCAUACUCCGUCUACCACAUGAUUCCCGAGGACAUUGCCUACAUCAAGGGCACCAUGAAGCAGAAUCUGCAGGUGUUCGUGGCGGAUUUGUUCAAUCUCUUUGAGAUUCACCUCGUCAAUUGCAUCACGCAUCCUGACUUUGAAAAGGACAAGUUGGCUUCAAUUAAUGAACAUGGGGUGACACUUCGACGAGGACUAACCAACCACCCAACAGUAAUCACGAUUCCUGAGUUGAGAAGCAACUUAGAUUCUGCUUUUAUCACAACGACCACAAAACCGCAUUCUUCUUCAGGCUCUCGAAUAGCAUUGUCUCCGCCACUUGCGAGACAAUCGUCGAAGACUGAAACUGAUUCUCUAGAUAGUGCCUAUGUUGUUCAUCGGAGUCGUCCUGUGCCGACACUCACGUCCAUUCACCACGAAGCAUCGCCACCGCCGCCGCCCAGCUCAGCGGAGCGCGGCGGCUCGGCACAGCAGCUGCAACACUAUGGCGAAGACAGACACAGCAGCAGCAGCUUCCAUGACACUCCGGCUGGACGGCCCAGCAAUUGGGAUGAGCAUCGGAAGCAAUCGUUUGCCGGGCGUCGUUCGCGCAAGAAUUCCCUGUCGGAUGAGUCGCAGCUGACGAUUGAGAACUUUGGUGGGUCUCAGGAGCAUCUGAAUCACUUCUUCAGGCCGGAGCGUGAGCAACAGAGAGCGUCUCCGGGUGCUUCCAUUGGUGAGCCUGCUGUGCCGGUGCGAUGUUCAAUUCAGGAUGCCAGAGGGACAUUCCAGAUUGGUUACGAUGUGGAGGCGACGACGGCGUCGCCGCGUGAGGAAAUGCGGCGGAGUAAUAGUGUGAAGAUGCCAACGCCUCCGGUGCCAGAGAGGAUUGUGUACAAGGAUAUUCAGUUCUCGCCAGAGAAUCGAUUUGCUGUGCAGAAGAACAAGAUCAACAGCUUCUUCAUCAACAAUGCAGCGGAGAACAAUGGCGGCACGACGACAACAUGGCAGCAGCAGAAGCAGUGGCAUCAGAUGGAGGAGGCAGGAGACAGUGGGCAGACGCAGGAGAAUGAGAUUGACGACAGGAAGCUGCUGUCCAUCAGGUCACUGAUGGAGGAGAAGCGGCGACACAUUGAGAUGGAGAAGAGGCGAAUGGAGAUGUCGGCGUCGCAGCAGCACAAGAAGAUGGGCGAUGUGGCGUACAUGCAGACGCAGCAGCAGCAGUACAGGAAGGAGAAUAGCGCUCCAGUGCGGCCAACGUGUUCACCACCGCCGCCACCACUCCCCGUCGCCGCGCCGCCGCCCGCCAGUGUUCCGUGCGACGACAUGGCGCCGCAGAACAUCUCGUUUCUGGGCGAUGAGGAGGAGAUUGAGGUGAAUCAUCAUCACCAUCGCGUGAGAGAACCAUUCAGCAUUGUGCAGACGCGGGAGAAGCCCGAGGAAUUCUACCUGACCAAGGUGAAUGUGUCCAAUGGCAAUCAGACGUACAGAUUGCCAACGCCCGGACGCACGAGUAUCACGUCGCAGACGUUUGCGGAUCAACGACAGGAGAAGAGUGGCCAUGAGACGGGAUUCUUCAUUGGAUUCGACACGAAUCAGCCGAUCAAGCCCAAACCAAUGCUGCGCACGAGUCAUCCGGAGUUGAGGCGAGUGGAGCGGCCGAGUCCCAGGCAAACGCCGCCGGUGCAGACGCCGCCGCCGCCGAAGCCGAUGGAGAGGCGAGACAUUGAGCGGAAGAGCAUGACGAUGAUCAAUGAUCGACUGGCGGAGGAGGUGAAGAGUGAGAGUCCUCAUGUGGCGCGCAAGGGUGAAUCUCUGCUGCUGGCGCUGGAUGACUCGCCGCGCUCGGACACGAGUGUGUUGGAUGAGAUGGAGCGCAAGAAGGAGAAGAUUAUGCUGUUGUCGCUGAAGAGGCGCGAACAGCAGGAGGAGGUGAAGGCCAGGAAGGAGUUGGAAGCGAUGCGACGACGUGAGCGUGAGGCGGAGAAAGAAGCAGAAAAGGUGCGCAAGAAGGAGGAAAUGGCAUCGCGACGACAGCACAUCUUCGAGGCGUACAAGCUGAAGAAGAGUCUGGAGGAGGCGGAGCGCGAGGGCAAGAGUCUGGACAAGGCGGAAUUGUUUCUGGCUGGCAAGCAGAAGUCCGUGGCCAAGAGGAGCACUCAAGUGGCGAGACCACGUCCCAAAACCAUUCACAUUGAGUCGGGCAGUAUUGAGAUGAACAACAUUCACGUGCGUCCACGCAAGGAGCACAGCAUGGACAUUGAUUCCGGCACCGGCAGCAGUUCCAGCAUGAAGAGGGACUUCUCCAGGGAUCAGGAUUCAGCAGGCAAAAGCAGCGUUGGGAAGCAGAGUCCCGUGUCCAGGACGUCAUCGUCUGUCUCCUCGGGUGUGGCGAGUUUUCGCGGAAGGAAGUCAAACUCACUGAUGAAUUUAUCAGAUUCCAGUGGCACUUUGUAUCGGCCAGUGGCGCCGCGACGGGCUCAGUCGCCGAUGGGACGUCACAUCACAUCACCAUCUGGCCCGGGAUCCCUGCCGCCGGGCCUCGUGACGAAACGUCGCGGUUUCGACGAUGGAGCCAGUGAUAUUUCGUCAACGCCGAGCUCCAUCCUCGAAUACUCAGGUCCAAAGUUGUAUAAACAACCAACAGCCAAAUCAAAUCGUGGCAUAAUUCUCAAUGCCGUGGAGUAUUGUGUGUUCCCAGGGAUUGUCAAUCGUGAUGCCAAGCAGAAGUUGCUGGAGAAGAUUGCACGAUCUGAGGCGAAGCACUUUCUCAUCCUCUUCAGAGAUGCCGGCUGCCAAUUCCGGGCGCUCUACAGCUUCUAUCCGGAAAGUGAUAGCAUAAUCAAAUUGUGUGGAACGGGACCUAGUCAAGUGGACGAUGUCAUGUUUGAUAAGUUUUACAAAUACAAUUCGGGGAGUAAAUGUUUCUCGCAGAUUCACACGAAGCAUUUAACAGUAACAAUAGACGCUUUCACGAUUCACAAUGCGCUGUGGCAGGGCAAGAAGAUCAAUCUGCAGAACAAGAAGGACAUGGUUCUUGUUGUCUGAAUUGUUGUGCGCCUUCGGCCGAAGGAUCAGAACUGAGUUAAGAGUUUUAAGAGCGUGUGAAAAAAAUGGUGAAUUCAUCAUUUUUU